UAUAAAAUUUAAAUUUAAAGGAAAAUGAAAAUAUGCAGUGAGAAGAAAGAACAGAUAGAAGGAAGAAGAUAUGUUAGCUACGGAAAUGGAAGGAAUUUGGAGUGAAAAGGAGUGGUAAAUGGUGAAUGGUGAAUGGUGAAGAUGACAAGUUUGGAAAAACAAACUCUGCUGUGUACCGUAGGAGCCUCCUAUGUUAGCGCUUCGUGGGAAGGGGAAACACUCCAAACACAAAACACAACAAAACCAAUAAAAUAAAAUAAAAAUUGCCCACUUUGUUUUUUCGUCUUCUUCAACGUUAAUCUUUGUUUUGUUUUUCCCUUUAUAAAAACAAGGUGGGGUUUUGCGUCCUUCUCCAACCCUUUUCCUUUUUGUUGUUUCUUUCUUCACAACAUGAGGAAGAAACUAGAUACUCGUUUCCCUGCAGACACCAGGAUCUUCUGUGGCCCACCUUGUUGUCUCACAUAGGCUAGGAUUAAGAAAAUUAUGCAAGCUGAUGAGGAUGUAGGAAAGAUUGCAAUGGCUGUGCCUCUUCUAGUUUCCAAAGCACUAGAGCUAUUUCUGCAAGAUUUGUGUGAUCGAACGUAUGAGAUAACUUUGAGGAGGGGAGCAAAGACCGUGAACGCUUUUCAUUUAAAACAGUGUGUGCAGACUUUUAAUGUAUUUGAUUUUCUAAAAGAUAUUGUCAGCAAGGUUCCCGAUUUAGGUGGUUCUGUUGCCACUGGUGAUGAUCAUGCUGUCACUAAGAGGAGGAAAGUUGCUGAAGAUGAUGAUAAUGACAGUGACGAGGAGCCCAAGAGAAAUAGGAUGCCAGAGCAUGGACAUAACGGUGGAAGUGGAAGAGGAAGGGGAAGGGGCCGAGGCAGGGGUCGUGGCCGAGGAAGUAGAACAGUUGAUCACGAGAUGAUUUCACAUGUCAAAUGUGAAGAAGAUCCUGACAUUUUGAAGCAAAAUGACAGGCACACUCAAAGCAAUGAAAGCAUGGAAAAUGUGUUGGAACCUGAAGAAGUUAAGCAGAACUUUCCAGUUAACAAACCGGCCGAAGUGUCUGUUCGAAAUUUUGACUUAAAUAUGGACCCAGAUGAGAACAUGGAUUCAAUAGCUGUAUCAACUUCUGUGCGAACUAGUUCACCUGCUAAGUCCAUGUCAGAAGAGAAGCAUGAGGAAUACCUGGGAUGGUCCUUGUCUGAUGUGGAAAAAAUGGCCAUUGAUCCCAUGCAACUAGCCAACCUAAAUAGGAUUGAUGAAGACGAAGAGGACUACGAUGAAGAAAUGUAGAUGAACCUGCAUUGUUUAAUUAUGGCAUGUAUUCAUUAGAAAGUUCUGAUGAAGAAUUAGAGCAGAUUUUUUAGGAGUAGUGUUAAACAGAUCCUUAGUGGUUAGGAAGAUUAGGAGGGAUAGUGCAUUGCAUAGUCUACUUACUACCUUAGUUUAGGCUAAAAAUGGAGAUAUAUAUUGUUCCAUUUAGAGACAGCCUGGUAUUGUAAUUUGAGAAAUUCUAAUCUCAUGCAAGCAUUGCCUAUGGUAGGCACUUAUAUUCAGAUUUUGGCUCAAAUUUUUACCGGGAUGCCUCCUUAGUAUUUCCUUAGUUAUGAUUUUGUUCACUCA